AUGACGUCAAAUGUGGCCAGGAAGUUCCUCACUGACCGCGUGGCUCUCGUUACCGCGUCCACGAAGGUGAUUUCCCGGGACUUAUUGGUUCUAAUUGAUUGAUUCGAAACGAAGAUAAUGAAUUGUAAAAGGGAUUUAUGGGUGAACGAGAAAUAAUUGAAAAAUUGAAAGUGAAAAAUGCACGAUUCUACUGAGCUUCUUGUUUCUAUUCUAAAUUGGUUAAUUGAAAGCUCCUUUCCUGGGAAAUUAUAUCAUUUUUCUAGAACUAAUUUGAGCUGAUGUCAUCAAAGUAAAAAGUGAAAAAUCAAGAAUUUAAUUCAUUUGCUUGAAAAAAAAUAAUGUUCUUAAGAAAGUAAUAAGCUUCAAGUGCCCUAAAGCUGUCACUAAACUCGGUUAUUUUUGAACGCGCCGUUAGAUUUUUAUGGUUUUGGCUUUUCUUUCUUUUCAAAACUUUCAAUUUUUCGUUGAGUUCUAUUUUUAGUUUAUCGAAACAACGAUUGUAAACGUUUUUUAACACUUUUUUCAUGUAAAUUCUGCUUUUUGAGCGUGAGAAUGGUUUAUAGUGUUUUAAAAAUUUUAUUCCUGAGAAAAAAAUCGUUUUUUUUUGUCCGAUGACAUUUUAGAAUGGUGUUUUAUCGGCCCAUCAAGAGAGAUAUUUGAGAAAAAAAGCUCGAAAUUCACAAUUCCUAAAGGGGAAACGUAGAAUAAUUGAUGCAAUCCUCUUAUUGAGAUGAGAAAAAAAUGGGUUGGCUGAUGUUCGAACCUUCCAAUAAAAUUACUGGAAAUAUUACAAAAUUUAAAUUUUUUUAUUGAAAAAGAGGAUGUCAUCCAUGAACUUUUUAUACAAGAAUAAGUUGAAAAACCUCAAAUUCUACAAAAAAAAAGUUAAGAAAAGUUCUCAAAGACUAGUUUUCUAUGAAAUUGCUUCAAAUUGAGCCAAUUAACACUUGUUUUCUUCACCUUGAAACACGCGUUGGUUGAUUUUUUUGAGUAUCGAAAUAAUAUACAAUGAGAAAAAAAUGAUGUAAAUGAUUUAUUUGGAAAAAAAAUGUUAAAAUUUCUUUUUAAAUGUAUUAUUUUUCAGGGAAUCGGCUUCGCGAUCGCCAAGCAAUUAGGGCGCCGCCGGAGCUUCCGUCGUAGUUUGCAGUCGAAAGCCGAAAAAAAUGUCGAGGUGCUGAAAAUUGACGAAAAACAUCAAAAAAAGCCCAGAAAAAGAUCUUUCAAGGAUUUUUUUGUAAUAUCAAAAGUGAAGAUCAGCAAGUUUUUCAAUGAUGACUUUUCCAUAUUUUACAAGGCAACUUUCCGAAAAAUCGUUUUUUUUUUGUUCUCUUACUGUCUUUCUAUGUUUUCCCUUAUGAAUUUACUGUUUCUUUUCUACAGUAAGCUUUUUAUAUUGGUUCAAGGACAUUCAAAACGUGAAAUUUAUGAAGAUAAUCCGAAAAAAGCAUUGUCGGAAAGCUCUAAAGCGAUAUGAAAAAAAAGUUGAAAUCUCAAAUCAAAUUAUUAAAAAAAUUUCGACAUUAUUCGCCUUUUAAGAGUUUAAAGAAAUUAUAUCGCUAUAUUUUCAUGAUUUUUUUCUUGUUCAGGAGGCCGUCGCCGCCCUUCGGCUUGAAAAUAUCGAUGCCGCCGGAAUUUCAGCCCAUGUCGGAAUCAAAGAGGACCGGAAGAAGCUGAUUGAUUUUACCUUGGAAAGGUAGAUUUUAUAUGAAAAAAUGAGGAAUUUCUCUUAUUUAUAAGGAUUUCUUAGUAUUUUGAUCAUUUUCAAAGAAAAACUUUGCUUGCUUUUGAAUAAUAUAACCGCAUUGUCAACUUGCUAUCAUUGAAAAAAAUAUUUUUUUAAUCGAAAAUAUCAAUUUAUUUAGAUUAUAAUUGAACUGAUUUUUGAGCUCCUACCUUUGGUCAUGAAAUUCUCAAACUUUUUUUGAUAACUUAUCAGCUGAGAAAUUUAUUAUUUUUUUGCCUGAAAUGAUAUUGAUGUGAAAAUUUAUCAUGAUUUUUUUGGUUCUUAUGUCAGUUUCAUAAAGGCAAAAUCAUAAGGAAGUUGAAGUAUUUUUUUCUAAAGAAAACAAUUUUUCUACUCAGAAAUAUUUUCUACCAGUAUUUUUUUCCAAAAGUUUCAAAUUUUUGAAGCCCCUUUCCAUUCAAAAAUGAAUUUUUCUAGGAUUUUACAAAAAAAUUUUUUUAAAUUAGUAUAUUGAUCAAACAAAAAAAUAAAAGGUUGUGAUGAGGAUCCUUCACUUUAAUCUCGAAACAUUUUUUUCUGAGCUAUUUUUUUCGUUCAAAUCAGGAUUUUUCUGACUUUUUUUCGAAUUUUAAUAUUUUUCUUGAAAGGACCUUUUUUUACGAUUUCCAAGGAAGUUUGAAUUAAAUCGCUAUAAAUUUUUGUCUUUUUUUGUUGAAUUUGCAAUACUAAAAUGUUGUAAAUGAUGUUUUACAAUAUGAAUCUUGGAUUUGAACGUCAAAAAUUUUUGGUAAUCAUGUUAAAGUGUCUCAUUUGAAGUUUAAAUUAAUAUAUGUAUUUUUGUUGAAUUUUUUUCUGUUCAGAUACAACAAACUGGACAUUCUGGUCUCAAACGCGGCGGCCAACCCGCACUAUGGCGAUAUGUUAUCCAUCAGUGAUAAGCAAUGGGACAAGAUGCUCAAUGUUAAUGUUCGUUUGAAAAAAAAAUGAAGAAAAAUAAAUAAAAUUCAGGUGAAAUCCGCCUUUGAACUGACGAAAGAAGCCGUUCCGCACCUCGAAGCCACCGGCCGCGGUUGUAUCGUCUUCGUGUCUUCUGUUGCCGGUGAGUAUAACCAAGAAAAAAAGAGAUUCUAAUUACAUGAUAUUAUUGUACCUUUUUGAGUAGAACUCCCGGCAUGUUUCUUUCAUUAAAGAAGGGAAAAACUAAAAAAUAUCGCAUAAAAUCAUGCUUUUCGGAUAUUUUGUUGUAAUUUUAGAUUCCAAAAGAAUUUUAAUACAUUUCUACCUAUUUUAAAUAAUACAUUUCCCAAUUCUUGAAAAAUCUUAGGAAUUUUUUUGAAAUAUUUAAAUAUAAUCCAUUGAUUAUUGAAAAUUUGCCGUUACAAAAAUAUUUUUGCUGGAGCGAAAUGUUUCACAUAAACUUGUGAAUAAUUUUGUAGUAUUUUUUUGGAAUUGAACGAAAUUUUUCAUGUGACUUUACAGCAUGCGAAGUGAAUUUUUUAAUUUAUGAAUCUCGGAAAAAAUUAGUAAAAUGAAACAGAAAAAGUGAUAUGAAGUUAUUUGAUAGCUUUUUUCAAACCUCGAUUGUUUUUUUUUUCCGAACUUUCAAAAUUUUGAGAGAAUUUGUGCAUUUUUAAUUGAAGUAUUGAAAUAUCAAUUUCCGCGAGUUUUUCUUUCAAGUACUUUUUUUUUUCUCAGGAUAUGCACCAAUGGACGGUAUUGGAGCGUAUUCGGUCAUGAAGACCGCUUUGACUGGAAUGAGCCGUUCGCUUUCGAUCGAUUUGGCCCGGAGGAACAUUCGAGUGAAUUCCAUCGCUCCUGGUUGGUUUUUUAGGGAAGAAAAUGUCUGAAAUUCUUAAAAAAUGUCGAAAAAUUAGUUUUCUAAGCAUUUCAAAUGGCUUGAAAGAACUUCCAAAAGUCUUUUUUUAUUUUCUAAAUUUCAGGUUUCACAACCUUUUUGAGCCUUUUUGUUUGUAUUUGCUUUUUGAACAGAGAAAUUUGAAAAGAAAAUAGGUUUUCAAAGGGUUUUUUUGAGGGUUUUGAAGCGUGUGAAUUGAGGAAUCGGGAUUUUUUUCAAGAAGAGAAAUAUAAUUUGGGCGGACUUUUUGAUUUUUUUGAACCUUUUAAAGCAAAAAAUGAGGUUUCUCUGAUGUUUUUCUUUGUAAAUUUUUUUCUGGAAGCCUUUACGAUCAUUUUGGAUGUUCAAAAGAAGCCGUGUGAUUGAGAAGAAAGCCAUUUUUUUCUGGUUUAAAAAGAAAAAAAUAUAGCCUAAAUGUUACUUUGAGGCUUUUUGAGCUGUUAAUUCUGAUAGAGAGAAGCCAAAAGGCUGUUGGAAUUGGUUACCAGAAAAAAAGAUUUUUUUCAGUCUUCUGACGAUUUCGAGGCUCUCCAAAAAUUAAUUUGAAUUUUUUCAUGCUUAAAAUAUAACAAGUAUUAUUUAUGAAAGAUUCUUCGUGAUCCAGAAUGAUUGCAAAAAAAAAAAAGAUAAAAAUUCACUUUUCGGAAAAUCAUGUCCCAAUCGAAAAUGGAAGUGCUCUUUCCUCCACUUUUUAAGAUUUUUAAUCUUCCUGGGCUUUUUUUGAUUGAUGCCUUCGGAAAAUUGAACCCUUUCAGAAAAAAAAAGUUGUGCUUCGAAUGUUUUCGAGGCUGAAUUGUUUCCGUUUCCACUUCUGUUUUCGUCAGAAAAUUGCUCUUUCGAUAUAUUAUGGGCUUUUUGAGAAGUGGACAAAAAGAAAAAGAACAAGAGAAUAAAAAAAUUGACAAAAGAUAGAAAAAAUUGAUGUGUGCUUUUUGAAGCUUUUUCGGGGAAUUUACUGGCGUUUCAUUUGAAAAUUCUUCAAUUAUUUGCUAAAAAUCCGCUUUUUUUGAGAAAAAUACCCAUCAUGUACACCAAGUCCCAUUUGAAAAAAAGGAACCGACGCAAAAAUUAUUCUUAAAAAAAUCUGGAUUUUUUUCUAUAAUUUGAAAGGAAAGACUGUAGUCUCUCUAUCAAGACCAAUUUCUAGCUUAUCGGACAAAAAAAUUACCAAAAAGGGACUGAUUUUUCAAAAAUUUACACUGUAACUAUCGUACUAAAUAUAGUUUACGGUGAAAAUUAAACAACGUAGUUAACCAAUCGAAAAAAAGGGCAUAAAAGUUUUUUUUUUUGGCUUCUUGUUCAUUUUGGGCAGAAAAGUUUUUUUUUUGGUUUUCUUGUUCAUUUUUCAACGUAAAUUGUAAAUAUCGUACGAUUUUUUGUGGAAAAUACCCAUCAGUUCACCAAAUUCCAAUCGCAACAAGGAACUAUUGCCGGAAUUUUUUUUUUCCGAAAAACCCUUUUUUUUUGCAAUAACACGACGAGAAAAACAAAGAAGCCGUUUGGAAUUAUCAGAGUUCACGUGAACGAAUGGCGUGUUGACGGGCCGACCCGCAUGUGAUCACGGCCUCCUUCUUUUUUCGAUCAUUGCUUUGCCAAAGAGUCGGAAAAUAGAUAAAACAAAGAAGAAGAAGAAGAUCUUGCAGCUUGCAAAGAUUGUUUGUCUACUCGGCAAAAGUUCAAACUUUUCUUUCUGAGUGGGCUCUUCAAUUGAACAGAAACGCUCACCGUCUAGUUGGCUAUGAAGUUUUUGAGGUUUUAAUAGAAAAAAAAAUGUAGCGUUUAGUUUCACUUAUUGAAAAGUUACUCAUGAAGUAUUGAAAUAUUCAUUUCUGAGCUAGAAUCUCCAGAGUGGUCCUUAUAGGUUCCCCCUAUUUUACCAACCCCUAUAGGGUCACUAAUAAUGCAAAAGUGGCCCCUAUAAGAGUUUUAGUUAGUGGCUUCUAUAUGGGACAUGCUAGUCGAAAAUUUAUAACUUUUAUGAAAAUUGCCGCGUCCAUGCGAAAAACUUGAUAAAUAACCUUUUUUGAACAAAUUUGAACGACCCCUAUAGGGACCACUUGAGCUUUAGUUGCUAAGCCAUUAGACCCUAAACCCCUAUAGGGACGAUCUGGAUUAUACUUCUAUAGGGACCACUUCAAAAAGUAUGUGAGAAAAAAAUGGUCAAAAAGUUCCAGCUCAAUUUUUCACAGUAAAAAAACAUUGCAAAUGGAACAAAUUUAUAGAAAUUUUUUUCAAAGGGUUAUUUUUUUGAAGCUGUUUUGAAAAUUGAAAAAGUGGACAGUUUUUCUCAGCUUCUCCUUGAAGUUGAUUGAGUUUUUUUAGCUGUAUAUUGGAAUAUCAAUCAAUUUAUGAAGAAUUUAUCCAGUUAAAAAGUUCUCAAAACGAUAGGAGAAAAACCUUUGAUCAACCGAAAGUUCCAAUAAAUUUUAACAAAUUUCGCAGUAUCAACUACAGUUUCGUUUCGUCCAACCUAAAUCACGACUUUCAUUUUUUUUUUCACUCACGUGAGGAAUAGAAUCAGUUCAUUACUUCUUUUUGUUUCGUCUGACAAACCAUAUGAUCUUUGUCAAAAAACCUAUCGACAGACUUUUCUAGCGAAAAAAUAUUUGAACUUGUUUUUGAACAAAAAGCGAUAAGUAGAUUUUUGAUGGCUGAUUCAGACGGAACCAUCAUUGUUCCCUGAUGCGUUAAUAAUUCAAAAAUUUCUGUUUUUUUCGAUUUCUCACUUGGCGUUGUAAGGCACGUGGUGGUGAUGAACCCAUGGUUUUGCACAAAAAGAAGAUUGUUCGGUGUUUGCCAGGAGUUACAGCGGUGUGGGGAAUUGGCACGUGGUGGCGCUGGCUCAUUGUUGUUGGCGGAAAGAAAAAAAAAUGAAGAUUGAAAAGCAAACGCUUUUGCUUUUGAGAAUUUGAGGGGAGAGUUCAAAGGCGCGUCAAGUUUAAAGUUGGCAGGCGUUUUUUUUUCAAAGAUUUUCCAACCGGGAAGUUUUAAAUUUGAAGGCAAAGGAUUUUCUUAAAUUUGGGCUGCCAGGGAAAAAAGUUUGUUAUACCAAAUCGGGAAUCAUUUCCAAUCAACUGUAAUUUAUUGAGGUUUUUUCAUAUUUUUUGGGAAGAUUGUCUCAAAACGUCUUUGAAAAUCAAAUCCAAUUUUGAUAGGUUUUUUCUUUGAAGAAAAAUUGGAUUCUUAUCUUUUGGAAAGCCAAAUCUUGUGUUUCUGGAAACUUCGACAGUUUUUGAACUAUAUCUUUUUUCAUUACGGUAUCAAAAUAAACAGAGGGGUCCCCAUAAGGACCAUUAAAAGGUCACCUAGAGACCACUUUACCGAUCCCUAUAGAGGCCAAUAAGCUCGCAAAAGUGGCCCCUAUAGGGGACAUGCUUGUCGAUAACUGUUUUGAACACUGAUCAAAAAAGCACUUCCAUGGGAAGAACAGAAAAAAAUAAGCGUUUUUUGAAUGAAAUUGUGAGACCCCUAUAGGGCCCACUUGUGCUUUAGGGACUAGGGGGUUAGACCCUUAACCCCUUCAGGGACCAUUUUAAUUUUACCCCUAUGAGGACCACUUUUUCGGUCCCUAUAGCCGUUUUUUCCACCUUAAUAUCUAUAGGGACCACUCUGGAAUUCCUAGAAGUGGGUUUAAUUUUCAAUUUCAAAAAUUGUCUUUCAAUAAAGUUUAAUUGAAGCUUCAGUAUCCUGGAAAUUUUGAGUUUCAGAACAGAAAUCUUUUUUUAGAGUUCAAACUUUUUUUCCGACAGAAUUUGGAUCUGCGUUUCCUAUUUCAAGCCAAGUCCCAUCAACCGGACAAAUUUUGAAACUCUAAUCCAAAAAUAAAAUUUCUGAUGGUAAAUCUUCCAGGAAUCAUCCGAACGGACUUCAGCAAGGCGCUCUACGCGGACGACGCCGAACGCGAGAAAUUCCUGUCGCAGAUCGCCCAAAGAAGAUUCGGUGACCCCGAAGAAUGCGCCGACGCCGUCGCCUUCUUGGUCAUCUCCUGCUUGGGAAUGUUUAGAAUAAAGUGAAGAUUUUCAGGUUUCCGACGAGGCCGGCUACAUCACCGGCGAGACGAUCGGCGUCAACGGCGGCAUGCAGGCGCGAAUUUAA